AUCUUAUUUUCAAUAUAUAUUGUGCAGGUUACACCAGAAAAGAGCUCAUUUUCCUAAUGGGGGGCCUUUAGCCCCGUUGUACCCUACUAGUUCUUUUUGUAACACUUUCAAUCUGUUGAUUUAAUUUUGAUGUAUUAGAACAAUUUGUAUUAUACAAAACUUACUUUGAUUUAGAACCAAUGAACCGCUGGUGCAUAAUAGUCAUAAUGAUGAACUGCUUAUAUACAGGCACUUUAAAAUGUUCUUAAAGCCAAGUCCACGUCUACUGUAACUUUCUAAUUAAAGCUGUAGGCUCUUAUUCUGACAAGUGAAGAUGGAUUAUUUAUUCAGAGGUGCUGAUGCAGGCGACGCGCUGUUGCCAUAGGAACAGCAUCCCCCAGCCAUCAUUUAUUGACAGGCUCCUGUACUCCAGCUCUGAUUGGUCGAGCUCCUCGCUAUGGAACCAAUCACAACUAAGUGAAACGCGGAAGUCCCGCCCCCCACGGUCAAAAGGCGUGGCUUAACGCAGUCCCCAAAGCCUAUUGGACGUUCUGUGCGUCAUUCAUGAUGGAAAACACCUAUGGACUAUGUGGCGAGGCUUCAGUGCGUCUCCACCCGAGAGAAUGGCGGUCGGGGAUGCUGAAAGAUGUGGAUGCGGUAUUAAAGGCAGAAUGGAGCAAAUAAUGAGCAGCAUCUUCUGUACUGAAAUGCAUCUACAUCUUUAAAGAUCUCCAAAUGUCACCUGAAUAACCCUUGGAGAGGACGCGACAUGCCUUGUAUGUUUAUAUGGUUAUAGAUGUGAUCUGGACGUUUGAGAUGCCCCGGAGGAUGUUUUGCCAUGAUGUCCACGCUGUGGCUGUUUGUGAGCUUUUGUUAUUUAUCUCUCUGGUGAGCGUUGCAGUAGUACAGCCAGUCAUGGCUCAGAUUCAAUGCAAGUUCCCCGUUGCAUUUGCUCGGAUCGGACUCUGGUAGCUGCUUCAGACAAACGCGCGUUACGUCGGUUGCGGCUAGGUGCGCAAUGCGCGAAUACAAGGUGGUGGUGCUCGGCAGCGGAGGUGUCGGGAAGUCCGCGCUCACGGUGCAGUUCGUGACCGGCACCUUCAUCGAGAAGUACGACCCGACCAUCGAGGACUUCUACCGCAAGGAGAUCGAGGUGGAUUCGUCUCCGUCGGUGCUGGAGAUCUUGGACACUGCCGGUACGGAGCAGUUCGCGUCCAUGCGGGAUCUCUACAUCAAGAACGGCCAAGGGUUCAUCCUGGUCUACAGUCUGGUCAACCAGCAGAGCUUCCAAGAUAUAAAGCCCAUGAGGGAUCAGAUCAUUCGGGUGAAGAGGUAUGAACGCGUGCCCGUGAUACUGGUGGGAAACAAGGUGGAUCUGGACAACGAGCGUGAAGUUUCAUCGAGUGAAGGUCAAGCUUUAGCCGAAGAAUGGGGCUGUCCUUUCAUGGAGACAUCAGCCAAGAGUAAGACCAUGGUGGAUGAACUCUUCUCGGAGAUUGUCCGGCAGAUGGACUACGCCUCCCAGCCAGAUAAAGAAGAUCCUUGCUGUUCAUCAUGCAAUAUACAAUAACCCCGACGCAAUCAGGAACAUGGCUUUACCGGGUUUCUAAAGGGGUAGAACACUGGAUCAUCAUAUGGGAGUUUCACAUAAUCCAUUCACAUACACGUCAUGCACACGCUAAUGGCCAAAGUAUACUUCAGUUUUUCGCGUACCAUGCUAAUUUUUUAUCACAAAGGAGUCGGGCAGGCUUCGAACACAUCCGUAUGUUCAGGGUCAAAAUAGUAUACUGAGGGCUGAGCGUUUGACUGUGUACAAGAUGGAACGGUACGCAGAAAAAUGAAGUAUACCCUAGGCUUAAGGGCGCAUAUACACUAGAGUUGUAGUUUCAACUGGUUUUGAUUCAGGAUCCAGAUUUUACAUUGGCGACCCAAGUUGUUUAUUGUACAAAAGCAAAUAAAAAAUUCAUUCAGAAAUGAAAUGUACUAUUAUUACCAUGACCUUUGUAGGCCCAGCAAAUGAAAAAUUAAUAACCUGAUAUCAGGUGAAUAGUUAAAUGUAAAACUUUCAGGUUUCUACACUGGUUUUGGCUCUCGGCAGCCAAUAAUUUCACAAUUAUAUGUAUUGGGUCGCAUUUGUUUUACAUGCCAAGGUUUUGUUUAUGGUUUUUGAGGGUGAGGGCAUGUAACACAAAUUGUCCAUGUUGGCAUCUACCUAAUUUGAUUAGUUUCUACCAACUGAAAGAUAGGUUUUCACCAAAUACUUGGUGAAAACCAACGUCAAUGGCCAUGCUUCCAAUCAAACUCCAUGGUAUUUUGGCGUAAAUUCAUUGGUCACUUGGUAGAAGCCAGCCAAAUAAUGACAAAUAUGUGAAUCAGGCAUCCAUUAACCAAUGAGAUUCUCAGAGAGGCGGGUCUGGUUGUGCUUUUGAAAAAAAAAAUCUUAAUUCAUUGCAUUCUGGCUUGAUUUCAAAUAGAUGUGGCUGAAAACGGAUCUUACUCGUUUGUAUCCGUCAAACGCUCUGUCACCGUUUUCUCUAGUGUGUAAGUGCCCUAAUUCGACACAAUUAAAAUGUUAAAAAAGGUUAAUGGGAUAAUAAAAUGCACUGUACGCAUGUUUUCACAUUCAAAGUUUGAUGCGUUUUCAUUGGAGAUUCAGACUUGAUUGUUUUUAUAUUGCCAUUUUGUUUGCACAUAUAGAACCUGAUGUCUUAAAGGAAUAUUCCGGGUUCAAUACAAAUCAAUCGACAGCAUUUGUGGCAUAAUGUUGAUGACCACAAAAAAAACAAAAAAACAAUUUGACUCAUCCCUCCAAUGGCGGGGCCCGGGUAGCUCAGCAAGAAAGACAUUGGCUACCACCCCUGAAGUCGCGAGUUUGAAUCCAGGGUGUGCUGAGUGACUCCAGCCAGGUCUCCUAAGCAACCAAAAUUGGCCCCGUUGCUAGGGAGGGUAGAGUCACAUGGGGUAACCUCCUCGUGGUCGCCAUAAUGUGGUUCGCUCUCGGUGGGCCGCAUGGUGAGUUGAGCGUGGAUGCCGCGUGAAGUCUCCACGUGCGCUGUUUCUCCGUGGUAACGUGCUCAACAAGCAAUGUGAUAAGAUGCACGGAUUGACGGUCUCAGACGCAGAGGCAACUGAGAUUCAUCCUCAGCCACCCGGAUUGAGGCGAGUCACUACACCACCACGAGGACUUAGAGCGCAUUGGGAAUUGGGCAUUCCAAGUUGGGGAGAAAAAGGGGAAAAAAAAUAAAAUAAAAUAAAACUUACAAUGGAAGCGAAUUGGGCCAGUUUUGAAGGGCUUAAAGGCAGAAAUGUGAAACUUAUAAUUUUAUAAAAGCACUAAUGUUAAUUCUCCUGUUAAAACUUGUGUAUUAUUUGAGCUUUAAAGUUGUUUAAAUCAUCAUAUUUAGGGGUUUAGGGUAGAGGUUGACCAAUAGUGGAUUUUGCAGAUACCGAUAACCAAGGUGGUGGAAAAGGCCAAUAACCAAUUAAUUGGCAGAUAGUUUUUAAUAAAUCGAUUUAUAGUAUGAUUAAACAUUUUUAAGUCUUUCCUUACUAUGAAGGACACAGACAUUGAGGCUAAAAGAGUCCAAAAUGAAUAGAAUCUCAAAAGCAGUUUAUUGUGCAACCAAAAUCCCAAUAACAUCCAGAAAAGCAACUAUCGGCACCAAUUAAUUGAUAAAACUGAUAUAUCGGUUUACCUCUAGUUUAGAGUUUACAGCGUUAUGUCGUCAUGGCAACAGAUUUGUCAAAUUGGAUAUUGGAUAUGAUUUUAUCACACUCAAAUCAUGUUAACACACAUAGUGUUUAUGUCUUGUUUCUAUACUUUUAAAACAGUAUUUUAACAUUUACAGAUUGGUCACAUUCACUUCCAUUGUAAGUGUCUCACUGUAGCCUCGAUUUUUGCAUCUUUUUUUUUAAAGAAAAAUAGAAAACAAAUAUGCUGUUAUGCCACAAAUUCUGUCGAUUGAGCUUAACUUGUAUUGAACCCAGAAUAUUUCUUAAAACUGCCAUUUAUUUUUAAUCUUAAAUACCCAGAAUGGCCUAUUUAUGUUCUUCUAGAUGCCCACAGCCCACACCGAAGGUGACGCUUCCUCACAGGGACUAUCAGGCAGUUUAAAAUGUUCAUGAGUGGAUCGAUUUGUGUUCAAGUGUCCCGUUGCAGCAACCAGAGGUUUUACUUUGUGUGUUUGGGGGACUUUGGGAAGCCAAAAAGGAUGCUGGAAAGCACUUUGUUUUUUAAUGUUGUGUCUGUUCUGAUUUCUGAAAUUACUGCGAAAAUUCAGCUGAUUAUGUUGUAAUUUUUAAAUUAGCAUCUCGAUAUAGAAUGUUAAAGAUAAUGAAUUAUGUAUUUUGAUAAUGUAGAAAAACAAUCAUGGAAUUUGCUUUAGAAUAGACCAUAAAGCUCUUAUUCAGGUGGGAACAGUAUUUGUUUUGAAAUGCUUAUUGCCACUUUCCACGAACAGGGUAAAAAUUGGUGUCCUGUUCCUUUUUAAAGCAAUGAAGACAUAAAUCCCAUGUUUAAUAGAGGCAGAGCAAUUAGAUACAGUGGCAAGAAAAAGUAUGUGAAUUAGCUAGACUUCUGCAUUAAUUGUUCAUAAAAUGUGAUCUCAUCUUCAUCAAAGUCACAAUUAUAGAAAAGCACAGUGUGCUUAAGCUAACAACACACAAACAAUAAUAAUCUUGGGUUAAGGUCUGGGCUCUGACUGGGCUCUCCAAAAGGUGGAUUUUCUUUUUUUGAAGCCAUUCUGUAGUGGAUUUACAUUGAUGUUUAGGGAAAUUGUCCUGCUGAAUCACCCAACUUCUACUGAGCUUCAGCUGGCACACAGCCACCCUGAUAUUAUCCUGUAGGAUAUCAUAUUAAACUUGGGAAUCCAUUUUUCCCUCGAUGAUGGCAAGCGGUCCAGACCCCGAAGCAGCCCCAAAUCAUGAUGCUCCAUCCACCGUACUCCACCAUUGGGAUGAUGUUUUCAUGUUGGUAUGUGGUGCCCUUUUUACGCCAUACGUAGUGCUGCGUGUUCUUCCCAAACAAAUCAACCUUAGUUUCUCCAGUCCACAAAACAUUUCCCCAGUAGCGUUGUGAAGUGUCAAAGUGAUCUUUGGCAAACUUCAGGCAUGCAACAAUGUUUUUGUUGGAAAGCAGCGGCUUCCUUCUGGAUGUCCUGCCAUGAACACUAUGCCUUUUUAAUGUUUUUUGUAUAGUAGACUCAUGAACAGAGAUGUUAACCAGUUCCAAUGAUUCCUUCAAGUCUUUAUCUGUCACUCUAGAGUUCUUUAUUACCUCAUUGAGCAUUCUGCGGUGCCCUUUGAGUCAUCUUGGCUGGACGGCCACUUCUAGUGAGAGUACCUAUAGUACUAAAUCAUCUCCAUUUAUAGACAGUUUGUCUAACUGUGGACAGAUGAAUAUCUAAUCUCUUCAAGAUAACUUUGUAACCCUUUCCAGCUUUAUGCAAAGUAACAAUUCUUAAUCGUAGGUCUUCUGUAAUAUCUUUUUUGCGAGGCAUGGGCCAUGUCAGCAGAUGCUUCUUGUGAAUAGCAAACUCAAAAUGUUUGAGUGCUUUUUAUAUGUCAAAGUAGCUCUAACCCACACCUCCAAUCUCGUUUCAUUAAUUGGAUGCCAGGUUUGCCAACUCCUGACCCUAAUUAGCUUUUGUUGAUGUCAUUAGUCUAGGGGUUCACAUACUUUUUCCAAACUGUACUGUGAAUGUUUGAAUGAUGUAUUCAGUAUGUAUAAGAACAAUACAAUAAUUUGUGUGUUAUUAGUUAAUUCAGAUAGAUUUAUUCAUUAUUGUGACUUAGAUGAAGAUCAAACCAGCUUUUAAGACAAAUGUAUACAUAAAUGCAGGUCGUUUCAGAGGGUUCAUAUACGCUACAAUGCGUUACAGAGUUGUAGUUAUUGAUGAAAUUAAUAUGUUAAAAAGUAUGUCACUUCCUGAAUUUCACUUUUUUUAAUGGCGGGGAAAAAUGCUGUAAAAUGAAUAUGAUUUCUAAUUUUACAGUUUACGCAAAAAUUAUUGACACUGUUGUGAUUUGAAAUUGUUGGAUAGAGUCGAGAAGGUCAAGACCUCAGAGGUGGAACAGGCCAAAUUCACCAUUUUGAAAAAUCUUGCCACUGUAUGCAAGAUAAAAUAUAGUAUAACAUAAAAUUAACUUUGCGUGAGCACCAAUUUCUUAAAAUGGUGAAUUAAAAUGUAUUUUUUAAUAUGCUACGUUCAUCAAUAGCUACAACCCUGUUAUGCAUUGUAGCUUAUUCAUUUUAUUUUAAAAUUUCAUAGUUUUUUUGGAAAAGGUUAUAGAUAAUAGGGUUGCAAUAUCAUAAAAACAAGCCCUAAUUUGUACCCUAUUUGUGGAAAGCGCCUAAAAAUAUUUGAAGCCUGUACUAGUUGUGAUUUGUAAUUUAAUGGUGUUUUGGAACGGAAAUAUUCUCAAUACAGUCAAGUCUCAUGAAUGUUGUACAGACACACAAGGAGAAACACAAAUAUAGCAUUAGUUUAAUCGUUUUUUAACAGGGCACCUUGUUAUCAAUAGAUGAGUGCAUCUGCUUUUGGCAAAAAUGACAAGAAUAAAAACAAAAAGCAAAUUCAUUAUCUUACCUUUCUCAGGAGAGUUACAGGCUACCAAAUCCGUUGUUAAAGUUUAUUUUGGUAUUACAGAGCAAUUCAUCUUCAUCGUGUCUGUUAUCCAUAAUAUCCUGUGGUUCACAAUAACUAAUCCAGAAAUGUAAAAAUGUAGAAAAACAAUACAAGACAGUUGUGUGUAGUUUAAAUACAAGAUGCCAAAUCUACAGUAUGUUGAUUUAGCUGUCAUAUGCAUGACUAGAACAUUAUUGUUUGUGAAUAUUACAGCAGUCGAGAUGGAACAAGUGGAAUAGAAAUGGAAAAUAAUACGAACAAUUUUCUGGAUGAUGAUUUCUGGGUGAAUCUGCCUUGCCAUGCAAACUUCAGGUUUGCCUUUUUAACUUUCAUCGUUGAUCUUAUAUUUUUUUAAGUGAACAUUUACCUUCUUCCACAUGGAUUGUGAAUAUGGUUUCAUUCGACACGACUAUUAAAUACAUCUUAUUCACAGA